AUGAACGAUAAUCCUGGAGAUGGAGAAGUAAUAAGACAAGGAAGCAAAAUUUCCUGGUUAACGUUUACUUUAGUAUGUAUUUUUAGCAUGAGCUCAUGGAUUGGUACGAAUGGUAUUUGGGUAGAAACACCAUUAUUAGUGGCGCGUACACCUGGCGGCCUACAACUACCUGCAGUUUUAACUAUAAUUAGUCAUUUAGGAGCGAUUGGACCAGCAUGUUAUGGCCUCGCUUACUAUUAUCAUCCAAGAAGAUUCAAUGAGGCUCCCUUUAUUUAUAUCUUACUGAUAGUAGCCGUUAUCAACUCGUUAGCUCUAGCGAUAUUUUGGAAUAAAACAUUCGUUGCUAUGAGCACAUUUGAGCAUUCAGUAGCUCUAUAUUUCAUAGCAUUUAUCUUUUCAUUUGUUGGUUGCAUGUCUAUUGUAACGUUUUUACCUUACAUGGCUGAUUAUCCAGAAAUUUAUAUCACUGGUAUAUUUAUCGGAGACGGUCUAAGUUCACUAAUACCUGGCAUAGCUAUUCUGAUACAGGAUGUAACCGAUGGACCAAAAUGUCAUCAUCAUCUCAAUAUCAGUAAAGCUAAUGGCACUACUGUCAGUGAAAAUCCAAUAUUUGGUCCAGAUACGUUAUUUUUUAUUGUAUUUACUUUUCUGUUAAUAUCACUCGUAAGUUUCACCGUACUUGAUCAUCUACCUUCAUCUGUCAGAAUUUAUGAUAGAAAAAUAAAAAAGAAUAUAUUUCGUAUGCAACGUGAUAUAUUAAAUGAGGCAGAAAUUCAACUUCAGGCAAGAAAUGGGGUAUCAACUAGUAAUGAAACUAGUGAUAGCGAAUCUGAACAAGAUGGACGUUGUAGAAGAAUGAAAAAUCGACUGUUCACGUCUCACAUAAACGAUAGUCAUUACAUUACACCUAAAAUGGCUAAAUUUUGCCUACCCUUUUGCGAAGAGGCAAGCAAUGCUAACAUGGAAACAAGUGAAAGUGAAAGAUUAUCAACAAAUCAAGACAGAUAUCAAACUGAUAAUGAAUCGAACAAAGCUGUGGAAUGGGUAAGUCAUGCAGAUAAACAGCGUUAUAUUAUUCUACUUUUAACAGAAGGCUGGGCAUUCUGCAUCAGCAACGGUGUCUUGCCCUCAAUCCAACCUUUUUCGUGCUUACCAUACGGUUUGAAGACAUACCAUAGAACUGUGGCAUCAGUUGCUGUUACCUAUCCCUUAUCAUCUGUUUUCGCAGUUUUGCUGUUUAAGUAUCGAUCUAUGACUGCAGUUUUUUACACUUCGACGCUAUCAAGAGCAACCGGCAUUUUUAUUAUAACAUCUGCGGUGAUGAGUCCAUAUCCUCCGUUACACAACACCGUGCAAGGCUCAAUUCUGAUUGUACGUCAAGUUCGGGAUAAGUUUGUAAAAUAA